AUGUCAGGUUGGGAUUUGGGUCAAGAUGGCCUCAAAGUCCUAGACAUAUGGCUUUCCAUCAGACCUCAGAAUGAAGCCGAUAUCAUCAACCCUUCAUCUUCACCUACCAUCAAAACCGCUGCCGAUACUCUUCUUACCUAUCUCACAUCUCAGCCUGGAACGUAUGCUGACGAGUUUGACGAGUUUGACGAUCGCUCUGCUCGUCUCCAUCAUGCCCUCAUCGAGUUCUGUCUCCUUUGUCCCCAGUCCAUGGAUUGGGGCAUAAAAGUUCUUUACGAGGUCAUAAGAAAUACGCCAGCUGAUGCUGUUGGCGCACUCGGCGAAGGACCAGAAGGAGCACGACUGGAUCUUGAAAGGUUCUUUGGGGAUUACGUGUCCCUCUACGAAGAUGGGACGAGACCCAAAGUGGGUACGAAACCUAGCGAUAGGCCCAAUGCGAAGGAUCCAUUUCUGGUGCAAUUCUCGGCAGAAGAAGUGGAAGAGCGCGCAGACGAUGUGAUAGACAAGAUGGCAAACUUGAGGAAGAGCAGGUGGAAGACCAUCAUUGUUAUGUGUUUCUCGACGCGCUGCCAUGUGCUGGAGACGGUGGUGCAUCCAUACAAGGAAGCUUUAGUCAGGCGGUUGCUGGAAUUCCUAGAUGUCCAACUAGACCCAACGAAGCGUGAGUGGAACAAGGUCGACUGUGUCAGUCUCCUGACAAUGCUUAGAGGAUCGGCUUCCUACCUUCUCUCGACUUUUCCGGCCGAGGAACGAAGGGUGAAGAAGCAAGGGUGGAUCAUGGGUCUGAACAACCUGCUUUCAACAAGCCACGAAGGAAGAGAAGCAGAGGAUAAGGCUGAUGACAUGCAAGUCAAAUCUCAUGCAGCGUUGGCGCUCAAGAACCUCAGAGCUGGGGGGCUUAACGAAUCCAGCGCGGAUCUUUUUGACGUUCGAUACUGGAUGUUUUAG